CGCGCCGCCGGCUCGGCGGGGCCGGCAGUGAACGGGCCAUGAAGAGUCCCCGGGAGGCUGGCGAGCCGCCGCCAGCUGACUGCAUCCAGCUGAAAGUGCCCGUGAUUCAGCAGCUGUACCACUGGGACUGCGGGCUGGCCUGCUCCAGGAUGGUGCUUCAGUACCUGAAUCAUUUGGACAAUGAUGAGUUUCAGAAAGCCAUCCAGGAUCUCCAGUUAACAAAGAGUAUCUGGACUAUUGACCUGGCCUACCUGAUGCGGCACUUCGGAGUUAAGCAUAAAUUUUGCACCCAGACACUCGGAGUGGACAAGGGCUACAAAAAUCAGUCAUUUUACAGGAAGCACUUUGACACAGAAGAGAAUCGAGUGAAUCAGCUCUUUGCACAAGCCAAAGACUGCAAGGUGCUGGUGGAGAAAUGCACAGUAACCGUUCAAGACAUCCAAAACCACCUGUCCCAGGGUCACGUAGCCAUUGUCCUUGUGAACGCAGUCCUGCUGCUGUGUGAUCUCUGCUCAAGUCCUGUCAAAUACUGCUGCUUCCUUCCCAUUGGACAGAAGUGCUUCUGCAGGAGCCCUGACUACCAGGGCCACUUCAUUGUGUUAUGUGGCUACAACAAAGCCUCAGGGAGCAUUUACUACAACAACCCUGCCUAUGCUGACCGAACAUGCUGCACCAGCAUCAGUAACUUUGAGGAAGCCAGGACAAGUUAUGGCACGGAUGAAGAUAUUCUGUUCAUCUACACAGACAGCUGACACCCACCAGACACUCCUGCUCCUUCCUGCACAGCCUGCAGGGCAGCUGGCUGCUCGUCUCAGGACUCCCCUGCACACACCUCACUCCUGGACUGCAGUGGGACCCUCACCAAGGGAGGCUUUACAGGACUAUAUUGCAAUGCUGUCUUUACCUUUUUCUCUCUCUUUUUUUUUUUAAUUUUGCAAUAUCUGUCUUUGGUUUUUUUUCUCCCCCUAAUUUUCAAAAUUGCACAUUUGACAGCAGUUCUAAAAUACAGGCCCAGAGCCUGUUCACUUUCAGCUUAUUUUCAAAUUAAACACAUAAGAAAAAGCACCAAAUUUAUGAAUUUCAACACUGGGUAAUAUUUGCAUAGGUUUAGGUAAACAAAGGAAAAAAUACAAAAUACCUGUUUCUCUCUCUGUCAAAGCAUGAAGGGCUGGUCUUCAUACAAAACCUAUGGAUUUGAAGUUCAGCAGAAUAUUGUAAAAGGAAAAAUUUAUUAAUUUAAACCAUCUUUAAAUAACAAAAAAUGCCUUGCUGGUUCAUCAGUAUUGUCUGCAAUGCAGGAAACUUCCCACCUACCAAAUUCAUAGAGAUUUAGCAUUUAUGCAACUGCAAUACUGGAAUUACUCCCUUGCACUACAAACUCAAUCUCUUUUGGCUAAAUCCUCUUGGAUGACUGCUCAGAACUCCACAUUGCUCCAAAACUUAUAAAUUGAAAGAUUUUAUUUGCACUGGGAAGUCUUUACUGCUCUUUGCAAAAAGCUCUGAAUGUUAUGCUACCCACAUGUGCCAGUUUCUGCAGAAUCCAUUCUAAAUACGAACAUUUUAAAUAUUUGAACUUAUUAAGCAAAUGCAGAAAAUUAUCAUCCACACUAAUGGUAUAUAUUUUUGUGUAAAGUGUAAAUAUCUGGCAGCAUCUACUGCAUUGUAUCUAAAAUGCUAAAUCAUAAUUUGAGCCAAAUUUUGCUGUUAGUAUUAGUUCAGUGACAUUCUCAGAAGAGCUAAAAUCAAUUAAGGAAAGAGGAAAUACAAACAUACCUUCUACAAGUAAGAAGGCAGGAACUUAGAUUGUUCUAGCUCUAAUACUGCAGCUGUAUGUGGAUUAAGUUGUUGCUAUAUUGAGACAUUAAGUGAAAUUGGUAAUACCCAUUCAUAGCUCUUUCCUCUGUUACCUGAGGAGCACUCUGAAGUGUAAGAAAAAACCACUUAUUUCAGCUUCAUCCAUCCUUAUUUCUUACCAGUCUCAAUCUUCAGUCCUGCCUAUAUGAAAGUGAGUAGGAAAAUCAGCACUGACAUAAAAUUAGGAAAAUUUGCACUUAAGGCAGAGGUCCCACAUCUCUGGCAUGGUUUUAGGAAAAGAACUGUUCAAGUUCUGAAACUGUGGAUAUAACAAAUAGGAAUCUACUUUCAGCAUAGAAAGUUUUGUUACCAGGAUAAACAUUUUCUUUUAUCAGUUGUUGACUAACUGAAAAGUACACAGUGUUGACUAAGUACUUAGUAGAAUCAAGAGUGCUCCUUUGUACAAAGGCAAAAAUAGUAACAGACAUCUAAAAUGCAGUAACCCUUAAAAAUCCAAACAAAAGUGCAUGACAGGAAAUUUUGUGUGUCAAAUUUAGAUUAUCAUUGGUGAAGUUUAAAUACAUUCUGGCAGUGAUGAGCAACAGGUAGGAUGUGAUUUGUGGAGAACUGGUCCAUCAGUGCCACCAGCAGAAUCCUUCCAGAAGAAAGACACAAAACCUUUGUUUGUUGUAGGUGAUGCCUUUCAACUCCUCCAAAGUAAAUAACCAGAAAACUCCUGAUCUGGGAAUUUUAAUGUCCAGGGCCAAAAUCGUGAUGUUUGAUUUUGAGAGAGUGUAUUAGCUCAGUUAAUAAUUAACAGGUAUGGAAGCUACAGGCUGUUAGAGUACCCCCUUAACCCAUGCAUUUUCAGGUAGGUAGUUCAUUCAAUCCCAUUAAACUGCCACAGGAUUUGUCUUAAAACAGGCUUGAUUAGUUGAAUAAAACCAAUUCUUACAAAGGCUU